CAUUGCCAUUUGCUCUAUAUAUACAAGUACAAUGUGCAUCAGGCUCCCGUGACUUCAGCCCCAAUUUACCUAAUUAUGUGCAAUUACCAAUACUACCAAAUAUAGAUAGAUACUAUAAACACAAGAUACCCAAAAUUGCAGCCGAGACUCCUUCACUAAACUGCAGCCGAGACUACUUCACUAAUAUAUUUUUCUAACAGGUUCUUGUCAGACUAUUAGAAGAAACUAUUGCAACGUUAUUCCUGUGAAUCCCAUACCGUGCCUAUAAAAUGUGAGUUCCACUUGUAAUUCCCACAACCAAAAAGCGAAAAAAAAAUCCUAGAAUUUCAAACAAAAAAAAUGGAUUUGGCUAGAAAUAUUGGUGAUCAUACUGGUGAGCUUUUUAAAGCACAAGCUCACAUAUGGAACCAUAUAUUCAACUUCAUAAAUUCUAUGUCCCUCAAAUGUGCAAUUCAAUUAGGCAUUCCGGACGCUAUUCACAAACAUGGCCAGCCGAUGACCGUUGAUCAAUUGAUCGAUGCUCUUCCCAUCAAGAAUGGAAAAGCCCCUUUCGUUUAUCGUCUCAUGCAGAUUUUGAUCCACUCAGGCUUCUUCAUUGAAGCAAAGAUUCCUGGAAAUGAGAAUGAUAAUCAAAAGGGUUAUCUGCUCACUUCUGCUUCUGAACUUCUUUUAAAGAGUAACCCGUUUAGUGUGACACUGUUUUUACUGGUCACGCUCGAUCCCACCUUGACUGAUCCAUGGCACCAUCUCAGCCAGUGGUUUCAGAACAGUGAUGAAACCCCAUUUUAUACUUGCCAUGGGAGCUCACUUUAUGAUCUUGCAAGCCAUGAGCCGCGGCUUAAUCAAUUCUUUAACGAAGCAAUGGCUUGUGAUACCCGGCUGGUUAGUAGCGUGGUGACCAAAAAUUGUAAGCAUGUUUUUGAGGGUUUGAAUUCAUUGGUAGAUGUUGGAGGUGGAACUGGAACCUUUUCUAAGGCAAUUGCUGAUGCUUUCCCUCGCCUGAAAUGCACUGUGCUUGAUCUUCCUCAUGUUGUUGAUGGCUUGGAGAGUAGUAAGAACUUGGCCUAUGUUGGAGGAGACAUGUUUGAAGCCAUUCCUCCUGCAGAUGCUGUUUUAAUGAAGGUAUGAAAUCGAUGUUGCACGUUUUCUAGUUGACAAAUUUUUUUUUAUUUCAUCCUUAUUGCCUGAGAUCAUAAGAUUAAAAUUCACCAAUUAUAAGAAGUGUCAACUUCAAAAGUAAGAUUGAGUAGUAGAAAUUGAGGCUAUGCUUAAUCUAAGAACUGCAUCAUGAAGAGGGAAAAAGAAAGAACAAAGUUUUAAACGUCAAAUUGAUUGCGUGUGUUUGGUACUAUAAGAGAAUAGUAUCCACUCCAAUCAUCACUCCAAUCAUGCAAUAUCCACUGCUUGAUUGCAAAUUGUAUCACAAUGAAAAUAAUUUUUGUCAGAAACAUUACUCCCCAUCUAAAACUUUUUGCGUCAAAAGGCAAAAACAAAACUAUUUUCUUAUAGUACCAAACACGUGCCAUCAAUUUGACGUUUAAAACUUGUUCUUUUUUUCUCCCUCUUCAUAAUGCAGUUCUUAAAUUAAGCAUAGCCUCAAUUUCUACUACUCAAUCUUACGUUUGAAUUUGACACUUCUUAUAAUUGGUGAACUUUAAUUUUAUGAUCCCAGGCAAUAAGGAUAAAAAUCUAAACAAAACUACUAAAAAAUUUUGUCAACUAGAAAACGUACAACAUCGAUUUCAUACCUUCAUUAAAAUAGCAUCUGCAGGAGGAACGGCUUCAAACAUGUCUCCUCCAACAUAGUAUUCAAAAUUUUUUGAACUGAAACUGUGUAUU